CUUUGCGAGCAUGGAGGGGACUCCGAAAGACACCGUCAGUAGGUACAAGAUCAUGAACGGAAGAAAGUCCAAACAGAAAUUGUUAGUUCAAGAGGCUGUAUUAAGCAUCAAUGUUAUCGAAUUAGUGAUUCACCAGAUAAUUAGCUUUAUCAGAACUAAGGUUUGGAUAGAGACCAAUAUUGACAGAAACAUUGGAAUAAAUGUGUGCUGUGUAUUAUACAACCUUGGGUCAUGCUUCUCUCGGAUAGAUUUCAAAGGUAAAAAUACUGCUAUCCUAGAGAAGGACGAUGAAAUAAUCUCUGCAGCAUCUAUAAGAAUACAUGAACAAGAAUGGCGGAGAUGCCAUUUGUGGCAACCCAGCAGAAGUUUGGGAGAAAAGAAUUGCUUCAAAAGUGGUAACUAGUUGCCAUUGAAUCUAUUAACAAUUUACAUAAGACAAGCUGAUUUGUGAGUGUGACUCUAAAACUGAAAGCAAGGAAGAAAUAGUUUUAAUCAGAGUAUACAAGCAGGCCCCCUGGAAGACAAGCGUAUGCAAUAUUCAUAAACGGGAACUUGGUUGAACCGAGCAAAUGGCAUAAGUGUUGGCAGCUGCAAGCUCAAGUAGGAAGCUCUCCUAAGAAUGUGGCUAAUGAAGACAAGCACAUAACAUCAGUAUUUCUCUCAAGUAAUCUAUUCAAUAUUCCAAAACAGGAAUGAGAUUACGUUGAGCAAAUGACUCUACUUGGUGCGGCUGCAAACUCAAAUGGAUAUUGAUAAGUUCGUCCCCUAAAAAGACAAGCGAACAAGAACAAUGUUACCUUGAUCGAAUGGCUGAAUGAAGGGGGGGCAGCAAGCUCAACUGGGAAUUUGCAAUUGGUAAGGCAAAAGGGGGUUAUCCUCCUAAAAAUAUUUAUGUAAUUGUAUAACAAUUCCUUGCAUGUAAAUAUUUCUAGGCGCGGACAUGUUAUUAUAAAGUUAAAAAAAAAUAUUGGCCCCCGACAUCUAAACUUUUCUUUCUUUGAAUUCUAUGUUGGCGUUGUGGUUAACAUGGUGAAAGUAGCGCCAUUUCCAGUCUUCGUUAAAUUUAUCUUGCUAAUCUAACCAUAGGCACUAAUCUAAACCCUAGAUUAUGAGGAUCCAUCAGUUAUUCUGCAUCUUCACACACGAUCAAUCGUCGUGGUUCACUCUUAUUUUUCUUUUCUUUCUGCAAUUAGCAAAUAUUCUUUAUCUUCUCAAAGAAAAAAAUACUUGUCCAAAUCCAGUAUAAAGCAGAAGAUUCUAUAAUGACAGAGAAACAGCAUGCUUCAGAAGCUAACAUCACAUCAAACCCUUGGAGGGAUGAUGCAUCAGGGCAUCAAUAAGUUCAUGCUCCUGAAAUAGUCUGAUGAA